AUGUCUGCAUCGGAGGAUCCACGGAGAGCGAUGGAGGUGAGGGCGAGGCGGCGCGCCAGCCCGUUCGGGAUGCGCACCAAGGCAGUCAGGGUGGAGCCGGAGCCGCCACCGACGACCAAGAGGCAUGAGCCAGGGACGAGGGCGGCGGUGGUGUACUACCUCUGCCGCAACCACCACCUAGAGCACCCACACUUCAUGGAGGUGACCGUCGCCUCCCCACAAGGCCUCUACCUGCGAGAUGUGAUUGGCCGGCUGGACGCCCUGAGAGGGAAGGGCAUGGUGGCCAAGUAUUCCUGGUCCUGCAAGAGGAGCUACAAGACUGGAUUCGUGUGGCACGAUCUGUCUGUGGAUGAUCUGCUGCUGCUCACGCAAGGAACAGAGUACGUUCUCAAGGGCUCCGAGCUCCCAUUCGACCAGUCAAAGCCUCUGCCAAUGCCAGAUCAUCAGCAGAAUAAUGCAGUAUGUGCAAAGGUUCAGCCCUGCAAGCCGGCUCGACAACAAGAGUCGCCUCGUUCUCCUGGAUCAUCAAACCAAGGGUGGACUUCCAAGUCUCCUACUCCUACUCCUACAACUUACCCUACAGUUCCAGUCAUCAAAGAGGAAGUACCGCCACCACCAACAACAACAGCUCGUGCUGCUGUUGUUCCAGCCAUCAAAGAGCACGCGGUGCCACCGCGACUUCCCCAGCUGAUCUCGCCGUCAACACCAUCUGCCUCCACCAUUGGAGAAUGA